GAAAGGGAGCGUUGACCCGGAAGCGCCUUUGGGCGAAGAGUGUCAACUUCCUGGGUCAAGAGCUUUCUGCAGCUGGAGCAGGAGGGAGGCCAGCCUCUUCCUGGAAGGAAAGCAUGAGCAAGGGACCCCUCUGCAGACUGUAGCUGACUGCCGGAGAAGAUGCCGUCCCGAACGAACCUGGCUGCUUCCGUCCCAAGCAGCAAAGUCAAAUAUUCCAAGCUCGCUUGCACAGAUGAAGGCUACAUUGACCUGCAGUUCAAGAAGAGCCCUCCCAAGAUCCCCUACAAGGCCAUUGCGCUGGCGACUGUCCUCUUCCUGAUUGGCACCCUUCUCAUUAUCAUUGGUGCCCUCCUCCUCACAGGAUACAUCAGCCAAGGAGGAACAGAUCGCGCAAUCCCCGUCUUGAUCAUUGGGAUCCUUGUCUUCCUGCCUGGCUUCUAUCAUUUGCGCAUUGCUUAUUUUGCGUCGAAAGGUUACAGGGGCUAUUCCUACGAUGACAUUCCUGAUUUUGAUGACUAGAAGAGGGAAGAACAUGGAUCUUUCUUAAGAGGGUGCUAUGCAACUUUUAUCACCAACUGGCUCCAGGAGGAAGAGACUCAGCAUAAAAGAGUCACAUAACCUUGUCAUUGGACAACAAAAAUUUGCAGCUUUUGUCCAGUCUAGGGUUUGUUUGUUUUUUGCAGGUUUUCUUUCCUUGAUGAACCACAAAAUCACGUGAAGUAGCUCUUGUAAGCAGCUCUCAGGAGAAACCAUUUCUCCUUUCAGAAGGGAAGUCCUUUGGGGCCACUGGUUUCCAGCUGUGCAAACCCAGAAGAAUAUGUGAGCGUGGGCCAGUAUGAUUGAGAAAAAGAAACUCAGGCUUUUAAAUAACAACCAUCUUCUUCUUCUUUGACCUUUUUUUGUGUCUAGCGCAGAACACCUGCAAAGCUCAGCCUUGGAACAAAUGACUUAAAAUGAAACAAUAGCAAAAUCUGUCAAGGCAAAUGGGAAAGUAUUGGGUAUCUGGUUGAAAUUUAAAGAGAAGUGAGGGUGGUUUGAAACACUACCUUUAACAUUAUAUUUAUCAACUGCUCUUUAUCAAGACUUGGGUCUACUGUUAAUGGCUUCUCCCAAAAUCUUUGCAGAGUUCAUUCAGGAAAAAGGCAAAGUUUUAGGUAUUCCCAGGAAAUCUGGCAAGGCUGUGAAGUGUGUGGUUUAAUGCUCAGGCUGCAACCUAACAAGCCAUGCCUGGUCAGGGUCCAUUAGAAGAGAAAACAGCUUACUGUUUAUACUGCUCUGGAAAUUGGCUUAGGGCAGAUAUAAAAAUUAAAUGGUUACACACACAAAAUGGCAAAAUGCUGAAACAUCCAGAAAACUAAUUCUCUGGCUUAAAAAAAGACCAUGAUCACAUACCCAAUGGCUUGAAUUCUCUUGGUAUCCCCAUACAGAAUAAGCCAACACCAUCUACUCUAGUUGGUACCGCUGAUGGCUUGCAUUCUGUUAUGAUAUAUGCAGUUCUUUUUGGUGAUGCUAUUGUGGAGGUUGGCAUCUUCCUCUACAAUGAUCAAAGCGCCCUGACUUACCUUUCAGUCACUGCAAGUCCUCCAUGACCAUUCAGUGGCUGGUGAAGAGCAGGGGAUUAGAGAAAUGUCUGGCUAUCUCCCUGUAGCCAGAUGCAAAAUGAUGGUAUCAUCCACUGACAUCCUGGAUGAUCUCAGCAGAUGUUGUCAUUGGUCUGCAUCUGCAGGGAGAUAGCCAGAUACUUUUCCAGACUCCCUCUCCACUUUCUUCCAGCCGCUGAGUGUUGUCCGGUGGAGGUCCGCAGCAAUGAAAUGGAGUCCAGGGGAACUCUGAGUGAAGAGAUGUAGCAUAGUUCUGCCCCCGGACAAUUAUGCUAUACUGUGCUGUACAGGAUGUCAACCAAUAUCUCUUCCCUGCUUCUCAAAACAAUGUGCCCAAGAGGAGGAAAGCACUUUGCCAGAUCACUGACUCCACUGAUAUGAAAAGGCAAAAGCAAUACACUCAGUUGGCCUUCUGUCUGUGGCUGACAAAGUGAUAGUAUCAACUAGUUGGAGGUUGCAAGCAUAGGAGUGUCUCUGUGUGUUCCCAUGAUAGAUGAUACUGUUCUUCAGGUUUCCACUGAAGUGGCCAGGCAUCAUUCUGGCUAAGCCCAGAACUGAACACAACCUUUGCUGUGAAGUCUGUUUUUGAAAGGUGAAACUGCAGUCUGGAUCAGAUUGUGAACUGCUGUGGCAAAGGUUCCUCCUUCUGGUCUCCCUCCGCUCCAGUAUUGGACUUUUCAGUGACCACAAUUUGGUGAAACACAAGUGUUCAAAGAUGCUUCUGUUGUGUAUUCUGUCCACUGGCUAAACACUAUGCAAUGUUAAUGCACUGUAUAUGUGCAUACACAUAAGCUCUUCAUAGGCAUUGAUCUUUUGUUUUCAACAUAUAUUCAUCUCUCUAGAUUGCCAGUUUGUGGAGUGUUCAAGAGGGCACAAAUAUGCCAUGAGAAAGUAAUUUUCAGUUGCAGAAAUAUGUAUUUAAUAUGAAUAAAGCACUUAAUGGUAUUUUACCUUCA